AUGGCGGACUCAAAAGCUAAGAGCACGGUAUCAACACAAACCAACCCGCGCGGAAUCCCCGUCGCCCCCUUCAUCGAUAAUGUCAGCGACUACGUCUCCUCCCGCGACGAGGUCGAGCCUACUCUCCGGAACUUCCAAGAAAUGAUCUCAAAGUACCAGUUCAUGGAGGUGAACACCCAGCGCCGCGGACAGGGACUGCGCGAGAAGAUCCCCGAUAUCAGGAAGACGUUGGAGAUGGUUCGGUUCUUGCAGAUGCGGAAGGAGUCAAAUCCAACCGCAGACCUCGAAACAAAUUUCGAACUAAACGACACCCUUUAUGCCCGCGCAUCCAUCUCCCCCGCCGACGCGGAAGAAGUCUACCUCUGGCUCGGCGCGAAUGUAAUGCUAGCGUAUCCGCUCGACGAGGCGGAGACGAUGCUGGAUGAUAAGCUCAAUGCUGCGGAGUCGAGUUUGCGGAAUUGUGAGGAGGAUUUGGAGUUUUUGAGGGAACAGAUUACGACGCUGGAGGUUGCUACGGCGCGCGUUUAUAAUUGGGAUGUUGUGCAAAGAAGGAAAGAGAAGGGAGAGGGGAAGGAAGAUGAGGAUAAGAAGAGGAGUGGUGGUUGA